AUGUCUGGGAUGCGAGACGAAGAUAAGACGGGAGUCAGGGAGCGAAAGGGGAGAGGAGAGAGCGAGUAUAAAAGCCCAUCGAUGCCUGCGAACUCUCUGUCGUCCUCCCAAAGAUCGAUAUCACCACUGUCUACUCUUCUGGUUGCUUUGCUCUCGCUGGCUGUGGCAUUGCUCGCUCUGAGGACUACUGUUUCUCCUACUUCCGUUUCUAUACUCCUCCCCACGUUUUCCCCUCUUCGUUUAUCUCGCCACUACAGCAAUACUGCCAUGUCGUCCACACCCUCAUACCGCCAAGAGCUGCGAGUAGCAGAGCUGGCAGUCCAGCGGGCGUCUCUCCUCACCCAGAAAGUCUCGCAGCUGAAGGCUAAAGGCACCCUGUCCAAAGAUGACACCUCUCCAGUGACAAUUGGCGACUUCGGGGCCCAGGCUCUCAUCAUUCAGGCUAUCAAGAAGAACUUCCCGGACGACGAGAUCGUGGCCGAGGAGGAGGCUAGCUCCCUCAGAGAGAACAAGGCUCUUAGCAGCCAGAUCUGGGAACUCGUUAAGGAAACCCGUCUCAAUGACACAGAGAGUGACUGGCUUGUCGGUGGCCAGAUGGCCAGCGAGGAGGUCUUCCUCGACACCCUUGACAGCGGAAAGAGUGCUGGUGGUCCCAAGGGUAGAAUAUGGGCCCUUGACCCCAUUGACGGUACAAAGGGCUUUCUCCGUGGUGAGCAGUAUGCCGUCUGCCUUGGUCUCAUCGUUGACGGCGAUCUCAAGGUUGGAGCUAUUGGAUGCCCUAACUUGCCUGUCUCUGACGCUGCUCUCACUCCUACCGUUGGCCAAUCCGGCUCCGAGGGCAUCGAGACCGGUGUGCUCUUCGGCACUAUCAAGGGCGCCGGUUCCACCAGCCGCAAGCUUGGUGACGGUGCACUCCUCCCCAGCAAGCCCAUCUCCAUGAGGCCUGUUCCCAAUAUUGCCGAUGCCUGCUUCUGCGAGAGUGUCGAGUCCGGCCACUCUGCCCAGGGUGACAAUGCUGAAGUCGCCAGACUUCUCGGCAUCACCAACCAGAGCAUCCGUCUUGAUUCCCAGGCCAAGUAUUGCUCCAUUGCCCGAGGAGCUGGAGACAUCUACCUCCGUCUCCCCACCCGCCCUGACUACCAGGAGAAGAUCUGGGAUCAUGCAGCUGGAGACUUGCUCGUACGUGAGGCCGGCGGUCAGGUUACCGACAUCCACGGAAAAAGACUUGAUUUCAGCAUCGGCCGCACCCUCAAGGAGAACAAGGGUGUUGUGGCCGCCCCUGCUACCAUUCACGCCCAAGUUAUCGAAGCUGUCACCGCAAUGUACGCCGCCAAGGCAGCCAAGGCAUAG